AACUGGACUCGAACCCAAAUUGGGCUCUAAUCCAAACUUCAAGCAAAGACUCCAGGAGGAAGAACUUGGGUCGUCCUUCUUCUCCACUACUGCAUCACUGCCAGUGCCCGCCAUUAUCCCGCCAACGUGCCUAAGCCGACACAGCUAUUCAGGGUUCCUGUACAACCUUUUCUUGCUUAGUUUGAUUUCUUAAAUCAUGGACAUUAACGAUGUCGACGAAGAGGAAUGUGGGUUCUCAAGGAAUUACUUUCUCGCUAAAGAGUUGGGCAGUUCCGGUAAGAAAUCAACACUCAAGAUUUCCGAUAUUGAUCUGGUUGAUGAACAGGAGCUGAGAGCAGCUGCAGGUAAUAUUGAACCAAAGCAUGAAAAAGAGAUAAUUGCUCUCGUGAAUAGUUAUAAAAAGAUGUUUCCCAGAUGGGUUUUUGAGCUUAGGUGUGGUUUUGGCCUUCUAAUGUAUGGAUUUGGAUCUAAGAAGGCCUUAAUUGAAGAUUUUGCUUCAACAGCAUUGACAGAAUAUCCUGUAGUGGUAAUCAAUGGGUAUCUUCAGUCAGUUAAUCUAAAACAGGUCAUGAUAGCUAUAGCUGAACUUUGGUGGGAUCAGUUGAAAACCAGACAAAAGACUUCAUCAAGGAUUUUACCUAAAGGUCAACAGCCAUUUGAUUCUCGAUCGGUGGAUGAUAUUCUUGCAUUUUUGGAUAGAUCAGAGGCAGAGGAAAAUGAUUCUUUUGUAUGUGUUGCCAUUCAUAACAUUGAUGGGCCUGGGUUAAGAGACUCUGAAAGCCAACAGUAUCUUGCACGAAUUGCUUCUUGUUCACAUAUUCGUAUCAUUGCUUCUAUUGACCAUGUCAAUUCACCCCUAUUGUGGGACAAGAAGAUGAUUCACACACAAUUUAAUUGGUAUUGGUAUCAUGUUCCCACCUUUGCACCAUAUAAAAUUGAAGGAAUCUUCUUUCCUUUGAUUCUUGCACACAGCAGCACGAGCCAGAGCGCCAAAACAGCUGCUAUUGUUUUACAGAGUUUGACGCCCAAUGCUCAGAGUGUCUUCAAAAUUCUUGCAGAAUAUCAAUUGUCUCACCCCGAAGAAGAAGGCAUGCCUUUUGAUAAUCUAUAUACAGUCUCUCGAGAGCGCUUCCUUGUGAGCAGCCAGGUUACUCUCAACUCCCAUUUGACAGAAUUCAAAGAUCACGAGUUGGUGAAGACGAGAAGGCGUAGUGAUGGCCAAGAUUGUUUAUACAUCCCUCUUGCAAAUGAUGCACUUGAAAAGUUACUCUCUGAAAUCAACCAAUGAUGUAGUGUUGAAUUUUAUACCUAUAUUCAUUUUUCACAGCUUGAAUGGUGUUUCAAUGUAAUCUUGGUGUGUGAAUCAAGUUCAUGAUUUUGCAAGUUAAUUCUCAAUUUAGGCCUCAAAGCAAAUUCUUCUCCUUGUGGAGUUUAGACAAGGGAUGUAAUGGUGGGAAAAGAAAUCUAUGUUUCCUUCUCAGCGGUACAAAUCUGCAGAACCUUUGCUUGAGAUGAUAGGUGACAUAUUAGUAGAAUUAAUGAAGUCUUUAUUUCGGGAAAAAAAAAGAGAGAAAGAAAUGAAGUCUUUAUCAUGGUGGCCUCUUCAGUAGCAUUUAGGUCUGCUGCAUUAAUCCUGCAGAAUGAAUAGAGUUGGAUACUUAUUUCCAUUUGCCCAAAUGCCCUUUAAAGGAUUGCAAAUGGGUGUAUGUCAAUUCAUUUUAUUGUUUUGAUACAAUUCCUUUUCUUUUCU